AGGAAGCACAAAAAGGAGAAGCAGCAACGGCUGCUCUGCUUCCUUCCCAUCUCGCUCUUGGGUCAUGCCUGCCCAGCAGAAAGCAGCUCCAUAGGGGAGGAGAGCCACGGAGGAUCUCACAGCUGCAGUCUAAUAGUAACACAGAGGAUUCAGCAGUGGCCACCAUGGGUUCUGUGAAUUCCAGAGGUCACAAGGCGGAAGCCCAGGUGGUGAUGAUGGGCCUGGACUCGGCGGGCAAGACCACGCUCCUUUACAAGCUGAAGGGCCACCAGCUGGUGGAGACACUGCCCACUGUUGGUUUCAACGUGGAGCCUCUGAAAGCUCCUGGGCACGUGUCACUGACUCUCUGGGACGUUGGGGGGCAGGCACCGCUCAGAGCCAGCUGGAAGGACUAUCUGGAAGGCACAGAUAUCCUCGUGUACGUGCUGGACAGCACAGAUGAGGCCCGCUUACCCGAGUCGGCGGCUGAGCUCACAGAAGUCCUGAACGACCCCAACAUGGCUGGCGUCCCCUUCUUGGUGCUGGCCAACAAGCAGGAGGCACCUGAUGCACUUCCGCUGCUUAAGAUCAGAAACAGGCUGAGUCUAGAGAGAUUCCAGGACCACUGCUGGGAGCUCCGGGGCUGCAGUGCCCUCACUGGGGAGGGGCUGCCCGAGGCCCUGCAGAGCCUGUGGAGCCUCCUGAAAUCUCGCAGCUGCAUGUGUCUGCAGGUGAGAGCCCGUGGGGCUGAGCGCGGAGACAGCAAGAGAUCUUGAUCCAGACAGAGCAGCAUAUCUUUGCUCAUACAAACUAGAAGAACCAGCUGAUCCUUGAGAAAUUUACACUCAGUCUAUCAAACAAGAAAUGCUGGCUUGGCCCGGUGGCUCAUGCCUGUAAUCCCAGCACUGUGGGAGACCACGGUGGGGGAAUCCCUUGAGCCCAGGAGUUGGAUAGCAACAUCACAACACCCCAUUUCUACUAAUAAUCAAAAAAUUGGCCGGGCAUGGUGGCAUGUGCCUGUAGUCCCAGCUACUUGGGAGGCUGAGGCAGGAGAAUCGCUUGAGCCCAGGAGGUAGAGGUUGCAGUGAGCCAAGAUCACGCCACUGCACUCCAGUCUGGGCAACAGAGUGAGACUCUAUCUCAAUAAUAAUAAUAAUAAUAAUAAUAAUAAUAAUAAUAAUGAUGAUACUCUAAGAAAAAAAUCUCAACAUACUUCAUUUAAUAGCUUGUUACCAAGUGUUAAUGAAGCAAUAUGUCAUAAUAGAGUAGCCACCGGUUGCAUAAUAAUAGAGACCUAAAUUCUCAAAUAGGGAAAGAGGUUUUAAAAUCAAAUUUGAGGCCAGGUGCAGUGGCUCAUGCCUGUAAUCCCAGCACUUUGGGUGGCGGAGGAGGGCAGAUUACUUGAGGCUAGGAGUUCAAGACCAGCCUGGCCAACAUGGUGAAACCCCAUCUCUACUGAAAAUACAAAAAUUAGGCAUGGUGGUGCAUGCCUGCAGUCCCAGCUACUCAGGAGGUUGAGGCAGAAGAAUCGCUUGAACCCAGGAAGUGGAGGUUGCAGUGAGCCGAGAUUGUGCUGCUGCACUCCAGCCUGGGUGAAAAAGACAGGCUGUGUCUCCAAAAAGAAAAAAAAAAGUCAAAUUCAAAUAUCAUCUGGACAUGUCACAAUGGAUCACUUAUGAGUGAUCCUUAUGAGUGAUUUUCCCCAGUGGCCCCUGGGGAUGUGCCACUGUCACUCAGAAGGCAAGCUAGGCAGGGCCCAUACAACAGCAGGGGUCUGCAGGUUAGACGUUCCCUGCCCUGGGACGCUCACCCCUGGGCAAGAGGCUGGAAGUUCACACCAUCCAAAAUUUAUCCUUGUUUUUUUUCUGAUGCUAAUUAGCCUCUCCCGAUUUUAUGACAUCUUGUGUUGAUCUUUUUCAAAAACUCAUUUUCUUUUUUUUCCUUCUCUUUUCUCCUUCUUGUAGCACAUAUCUUUCCUUAAAGAUCAGAUCAAUAAAAUAUUUUAUUUAUUCAUUAA